GAGAGCGAGACAUGGCAAACACGCCAGUGGAGCAACUGACCGUGACCGUCAGCGUGAGAGGACGCGCGGGAGCUUUUGCCGCGCGCGCGUGUGUGUGUGUGUGUGUGUUCUGAUGGGAGACACCUCGUUAAAUCAGUGACAUUUCGAGCAGCAAUUAAAAAGCAUCUGGUUGUCAAGUUGCAGACGGCGGGGACGCGCGCCGGAUCCAGCAGACGAGAUGGACUGAGACAUUACGCGCAAGAGGGGUUUGCCACCGGGCAAGUGUGCAGCUUUGACCACUGUGGGAUAUCAUUUCUGUGGGAGAAGCAGAUUUGCCGAGAGUAUAUCAAUGAAGAAUGUGACUGCGCUCGACUCUCUCCGAGCGGGGUGGAUGAAGCCCUCGGCGGUGACAUGCGUCUUGCCCCGCAGCCAAGCGCGCAACCCGUGCGGCUCAUAGUUGCGCUCCUGCUCGCCACGGGGGUGAUCGCGUCCCCGGUGAUCUCCUCCGGCUGCCCGGACAGGUGUGUGUGCGAUGACCAGCUGGUCGUCCAGUGCGCCGGGCAACACCUGACGCGCUUCCCGGUCGACUUGCCGCUGGCCACGCGGCAGCUCAUCAUCUCCAACAACCGCAUCGCGGAGCUGCCGCCGCUCUCGCUCAACUACCUCUCCGACCUCGUGUACCUGGACUGCAGCAACAACUCGCUGGCGGAGAUAUCGGAGUCCACGUUCGGGAAUCUGCGCAAGCUGGCCUACCUGGACCUCUCCUUCAACACCUUGACGCGGAUCGAGGACAGGACGUUCGGCCCCCUGGCGAGUCUGGUGAUGCUGAGGAUGACGGACAACCCGGCGCUCUCGGACAUUCACCCGGACGCCUUUGCGGAAAACGCCGCCCUCCAGGUGCUGGACGUGAGCAGGAACAACCUGACGGUGCUCAACAUCACCUCCCUGAUCGCGCUGCCCGCGCUGCGCUCGAUGGGGCUCAGCGGGAACCCGUGGAGCUGCGCGUGCGACAACGAGGACCUGUGCCUGUGGGUCCACCUGGAGGGCUUCAAGUUCCAAGAUGAGGGCCAAACAGUGUGCGGCUCACCCACUGACAUGCAGAGCCGGCGACUGGGCGAUGUGGGCCUCCAGCUGCGGACGUUGUGUCACCAGACGCUGGGCUCCUGGGACUACCUGUUCUUCGUCGCCAUUGGCUUCGUCAUCUUCGCUGCCGGCACUGUGUCGGCGUGGGUGAUGGGCGUCAUAAUGGUGCUCUACGAGCGCUACAUCAAGAAGAAGGACGAACAGCUCGAUCCGGACGACGAGGACGACGCGAGCGAGGCCGGUCGUGCCUCACGGGCCAGGAGUGACCAUGGUAACGGGGAUUUAAAAAGCCCACAUAAUGUUUAAAAGAUGAGUCCUUGCCCAGGGCCCACUAUGGAUACCCACAGUGCCUCCUGUCAACUUCCAAGACUGUCUGUGAAGUCUAAUUAAAACUGCAGUCGAACAGAGUCUGUUUGACAGGCUCAGCUCCGAGAGAGAGACGAGAGUGGACCCAUCAGACGUGGGGAAUGUCAUUCUGCACUUCUGUGGUGUUCAGGUGAUGUAACACGCACUCCGGCUGCCGUAGCGGAGGUCUGUGCUACAUUUGAAAUCGCCGUCCCCGCUGAAAAAGCACCAUACAUCAGUAAAGGUGGUUAUUUUUGGAAACAGCUGGCUCGCCACGCUCUGAAAUAACACACUUGGUUUGGCAUUGGAUAUUGUGGAAACAUGCUCAAUUUGGGUUAUGUACCAGACGCAGUGGGUUUCAUUUCCCCCCUUAAAGAAAUAUUUUGACAUUUGCGGAAAUGGGCUUUCUUGUCAGGAGCAAGACGAGAGGAUCAGUACCACUCUGCUCUACACAAGACAUGGAGCGACGGCCGAGGGGUCAGCUUCACGUAAAGUCUGAAUCCGUCCAAAGGAAACUAAAUCCUCCUGCCAGCUGUUUCUCCAUAUUUCCAGCGUCUAUGCCACACUAAGUUACACUAACUCAUUCGCUGGCUGUAGCUAAACAGAAAAUCACGAGACUGGCAUCGAUCAAACAUCCCCCCCCCCCAAAAUGGUAUAUUCCAUAAUGUCAAACUUUUUUCUUUAACCACCACGCGGGAACAGCCAAGACCAGCAAAGGAACAGCAGACCACCAACUCACAUGAGCUGGUGUGAACCGUUUGUUUUUCCAAGAUGAUUUUUCCCAGUAGGAAUAAAAAUCUGAUUGAUUCAAUGUCCGUGUUGCUCAUAUGCGGAAAUAAACCAUUGUUUCAUUUUAAAACCGUGAAGUCUAAAUCCUGAAAUUAGAGUUGGAAAUAAAGAUUGAAGAAACAGUUUCCCCCCUGUAAUAACCCAGGACCGUUUCCCUUAAUAAACCUCAAUUAUUUAAGCUGUUGGGGGGAACAAUCAUGCCAUGUAAUAUUCUUGUGCUUAUGACAAAUUGGAUAGAUAUAAAGUUUCAACAAAUUAAUCAAAAGUCUAUUAUAUUUCUAGAGCCCAUUUGUAUAGCUUUGAUUGCACACAUAAACAAAUUAUGACUUGGCCUCACAUCAUCUUUGUAAAACUGAAAGUGGUCAUUGUAUUCAUUAUUAUGAAAGGAUUAAAUGCAUUUAUAUGAUCCAUUUAUGUCCAUGUAGAUGAGUUAAAGUGUGUACAUACAUGCACAGCUCAAGAGUGUACGAUGCCGCUUGUAUGCGUGACUGAGCUUUUGCAGCCACGAGUGUGUCAGUCUGUGCUCCGACAGUGUGAAGUUUUGUAUCGACGCGACCACUCCCCCUCCCCCUCCCCCUCAACUAUCGUCACGGAGACUGCAGUCAAGGCGUUUGUGUUGAGGAUGAUCAGCAGGCCCUGCCGGAUGGCAAGUCGACGGGACGGUGUGAUCAUUUGAUUUCAAGGCUUCUUCGUCUCUGUGUCGAGUUGCUGGUUUGAGUGCAGUGUCCUAUCUGUUUCUGCAUGAUGCACCACAACGCCUUAUGAGAUGUGUAUAAAACUGUGAGCUUGACCGGUUCGUUUUAAGUAAAUAAAGGAAAGGAAUUUACUUGCAAUACACAAACGAUCCUAAAUGUAUCAUUUCAGUCUUUUGGGGUGGAAAAUAUCUGAAGUUAAUUAAAUGUGAUAAAUGUGCUAGCAAGGAAAAAUAGACCCUUUCCACAGAAGAGGUUUGGACACAUCGCAGUAAUACAGGCACGGGCGAAAGUAUUAAAGGUAACUGCGUCUGAAUUGCGUUUAGCUGCUUCAGUUUCAGGGUCCAGGUGUUGUGCAUACUGUCCUGGCUCACUAGGACAUAAACAGAGCAGAGCCGUCAUUAAUGCUUUUUCCAAGUGUGUCAUGUCCAAUUCCAUGUCUGUUGUUAAAAUAAAUAUAUAUUAUGUUGGUA